GGGAAGUUGGGUGAAGGGCGCUGCUCCCGCCGAGGAGGAGGAGGAAGAGAAGGAGGAGGAGGAGGAGGAGGAACUGGAGGCGGCGGCGGAGGCAGUGGCGGCUGGGCGCGGGCCGCGCAGCUCAGGUGUCUAUUCCGCGUUCUGGUCUGGAUUUGGUUCUCUGUGUCUAGCGAGAAGGGGACUGCCUACACCUCGCCGGAUUCCUGGCCGAAGCGCGGAGCGGACUUUUACCGGAGGCGGGGUCUGUCAGUCCCGGCGGCCGACCGACUGACCGACGCCGGGGAGAGAGGGCGGCGGCCUCUGCGGAGGCGGGUCCCGAACUCCGGCGGCGGAGCAGCGCUGCGUUGGGGGCGAGCAUGAGUCCCCGGGGACCGAAAGGGGGCUGCAGGGGCUGACCCUGCGCGGGGAGCGGCCUGGCCCAGCCAUCUUGACUGCGCACCGCGGCCCGAAAGGAAACUUGGUUUGCCGCCGCCCUCUGUGCCCGGCAAAGUCACCGCACCGUUCCCGGCGCCGCGCGGAGAAGUGGCCGGGCGCGCGGGCGAGAAAGCGAGCGAGAGAGGGACGAUGGGCCGGGGGCCAGCCACUGUACUGCGAGAGGGCUGAGUUCGACCAGGGGUCAUCAGGGCAGACUCUCGGGGACUGCGGUGCACGCCUGCGGCCACCCUCACCGCCGCUGCCCAGGCUUUGGGCCGCACGGUGCGGACGCGUCCCGAGAGGGGACUAGGUUAUCUGCAGGACCCCCCACCCCCACCCCCCGCCUUCCGGGAGAGGCAGGAGGGAGACAAACAGGGCACCCGCUCUCCCUUUCUCCGGAUCCCUCACCGAAUCCCCCGGCGCCCCUCCGCGCGCCGCCUGCAGGGCGAGGGCGCGGGGCCGAGGCGCGCAGCAUGGAGUGGGGUUACCUGUUGGAAGUGACCUCUUUGCUGGCCGCCUUGGCGCUGUUGCAGCGCUCGAGCGGUGCGGCGGCUGCCUCGGCCAAGGAGCUGGCGUGCCAAGAGAUCACCGUGCCGCUGUGCAAGGGCAUCGGCUACAACUACACGUACAUGCCCAACCAGUUCAACCACGACACGCAGGACGAGGCGGGCCUUGAGGUGCACCAGUUCUGGCCGCUAGUAGAGAUCCAGUGCUCGCCCGACCUCAAGUUCUUCCUGUGCAGCAUGUACACGCCCAUCUGCCUGGAGGACUACAAGAAGCCCCUGCCACCCUGUCGCUCGGUCUGCGAGCGCGCCAAGGCCGGCUGCGCACCCCUCAUGCGCCAGUACGGCUUCGCCUGGCCCGACCGCAUGCGCUGCGACCGGCUGCCGGAACAGGGCAACCCCGACACGCUGUGCAUGGACUACAACCGCACAGACCUCACCACUGCCGCACCCAGUCCGCCGCGCCGCCUGCCGCCGCCGCCUCCGGGUGAGCAGCCGCCUUCCGGCAGCGGCCACGGCCGUGGUGGGGGCCUGGGGGCCGGUGGGGGCGGGGGCCCGGGCGGUGGGGCGGGAUCCCUCUACAGCGACGUCAGCACCGGCCUGACGUGGCGAUCUGGCACGGCCAGCUCCGUGUCUUAUCCAAAGCAGAUGCCAUUGUCCCAGGUCUGA